AUGCCAGAUCCAAAGCAGUACACUGUGGGUUGGAUUUGUGCUCUUUCUAUCGAGAGUAUUGCGGCAUGUUUGUUCCUCGACAAAGAGCAUAAGGGCCGAUCGGAUCAUCUCUCUGCUAAUGACAGCAACGACUACACCCUUAGCGAGAUGUCCGGUCUUAAUGUUGUCAUCGCAGUGAUGCCAGAUGGCGGGUACGGCCAGACCUCCGCCACGGGCGUGAUCAAGGACAUGCUUAACAGCUUCCCUAACAUCAGAGUCGGCAUGAUGGUUGGCAUUAGAGGCGGCGCCCUAACGGCGAAGCACGACAUCCGACUUGGUGACGUCGUUUACGACUACGGCAAGUUGAUCCAAGGUCAGGGGUUCCAGCAUAUAGGCUUUCUGAACCAGCCUUCGACGCUUGUCCGCACGACAGUCAGCGGUCUGAAGACGCAAUACAAGAGGAAAGGUCACAAGAUCGAGGAGACCAUUAGAGCGAUUCUCGACGACAACCCUAGACUGAGCGAGGAGUUCGGUCAUCCGGGUGAAGACAAAGACCGCCUCUAUAGAUCCGACGUGGCCCACUCUGUCCCUUGUGGAGAGAUAUGUGAGGAUCGGUGUGGUGCGCAACCGGCACAAAUGGUGGGACGCCGCAAGAGAAGCGCGAGAGAGGACAGCCUAGCGAUCCACCACGGCAUAGUCGCUUCUGGUAGCAGCUUGAUGAAAGACGUAAUGGUCAGGGACACCCUAGCGAUGGAAAUGGGCGUGAUGUGCUUCGAGAUGGAAGCCGCUGGGCUGACGAACCACUUCCCAUGCCUAGUCGUGCGGGGCAUUAGCGGCUGCUCGGACUUGCAUAAGAACAAGCAGUGGUAG